AUGCCUAUUAUUGAAGUAUGAAGUGCAUAUCAGCUCAAAAAAGCUCAAGAUUCUAGGACAUACUGAACCAUAACAUAGUAGGUUGAAGUGACGAAUUGAGAGGGGAGGGCAACUAGCCAUUCUCCACCCCACCCCCCCCCCCCCGAACCCCAUUUUGAAAUCCAUGAGUCAUGCCUUCAGUAGCCUACAUAAGUCCCAAUAUGAUGCACCCGUUUUAUGAAGGUGAAUACCAUAUUUUGUUGGACCCCUCUUUUACAAAAUCCUGGCUCCGCGCCUGCUUAUAUAGUUGAACGAACUUAUAAUUUAUAAUCCCUUUGACGUUGACACUUUGUGUUUCAUAUAUCGUGCUUAUAGUUACACAAACUUGAAAUUCCCCGUUCCUUUGUUUGACACUUUGAACAUUGGACUCAUUUCAACUUACAUUUCCCAUAUUAUAUCGCUUGCAUGUUUGACACAAGGAAACGAGCUCUGAACAAUAAUGCAAUGUCAAGUAUGUGGAAGUACGUUGGACCGUUUAGUGUACAAUCAGGUAACGCAGAAACGGAGCACCUGAACCGACCGUAUUUAUACUUAUUUGCUCCCAAACAUUUCUUUGAAAAGCACUUACUUUAAGAUCAUGGCGGUGAACGAUGAACCCCCCGUGAUCGGACUGCUUUCUUUAAAUAACAUGGACGAGAAGAAGGCGUCAUUUAUAGCUGAAUACAUCACUGGUAGCGACAUAACUCCGGAUUUGAAGCAGAUUUGCUCUGAGGAAGUUCCCUUUUUCAGACCACCUCAACAUUGGGAUGCUGUAUUUUUGUUUCAGCCGAGCCUACACGGAAGAUUGUCCCUCCAGCUUAGCGAUAUAACCACCGCUCAGUAUGAUAUUCUGAUUCCCAAACUAGCGGAAGCCUAUGGAAAUAGAGCAAUCGGGUUCAUUGUUUGUGGCGUAGAGGGAGUAAAUAAGAAAUCCCGAGCUCAAGAAUUCGAAGUGUUGAAGAGAAAUCAGCCAUCACUUGUUCAGUAUACAUCUGGUAUUGUGAUCUUCUGCACGAAGAUAGAUACAAUUCUCAAAGAAGACUCGAGCAGAAUAAAAACAUUUAUCAUCAGGAUCAGUGAGGUUUGCUUCUCGAGGAAAGAGGAAAUAUCGCGACAACAAUAUUGUCUCGAGCUAUCCACCCGUGAAUCGGCUGGCCACAAUACAACGUAUCGACUGGCUCAAAUAGAAAACCCAUCAUAAAACCAAAACCGGUUGCAGAUUCUAAAUGGUUUUAAUAGACGACCGCUCAGGUAUCGGAUUCGGAUAAAUGACCAAAUAGAUGUGUGCUCUGAGAUGACGCCGCUGCUGCACCAAACAUUUCCUUGAGUGCCUUUGAUACGGAAAGGCAGGUAGCAUAUUGUGUAGAUGAUUAGAUUUGCCCAGGAGUUGAGGAACAUGAGGUUGAUCAGACAAGAACUAGCGGGCUCCAGAUAAAGGCCAGGUGACGGGCAAAACGCUCAGAUUAACCAGAACAUAGGCCGUCACGUUUGGGGUUUAGCAGAUGAUGUAAAUGCUGACAAGAACCAACAUUAACUUAAAGACUGUGUUGGGGGCCAAAACAUGAAACAUUGGCUUGUCGGUGUUCUGGAUCUGUGUUUUCUUGGCGUUCAAGUGUUGCUUGUGUCGGAAAUAAGCUGUCAGGGCUUACGUAUGGGAGAAGAGUAGAACUAGGGAGGAUUACAGUAACUAGACAACUGACGAUCCUAAUUGGGGGGAACGAUACUCGGACCUGCUUGUUAAAGACAGGUGCAUAGCGCGGUGUAAGCUAAAAGACGAAAAGACUAAACAAAGCCGAUUUAGAUUCCAUACACAGGAUUAUUAUGUUACUCUUUAUUUUCUUCAUACACGAAUUCUUAUCUGUUAGCCCAUGAAAUGAAAUAAAGUUUUUAAAGGUUGUUUCAUACAUUUAAGAGGAAAUUAGAGGAAUACCUAAUACUUGACAGUCAGAGAAGAGAAGUGAAUGACAUGUUAUAAUGAUUGAAAUUUGUAUUCUUCU